AGCCAUGUCGGCAGUCAGUCGAAAAAAUUUGUCAAUCUAAUCUUGUUAUUCGCGUUUUUCGUGUGUUGUGUGCUGCGCCACUGAUUGUGGUGUUGUUAGCAAAUUUGGCUAAAAACUGCAAAUCGACACUAGUUUCCCCGAAUCAGUUUGCUUCGGUUUUCGACGCGACGCCCGCCGCUGUGCUGUUGCGAUUGUGUUUUUUCGUCGCCGUUCCGUUCUGUUGCUGAUGGUUCUGGUGUAUUUCGUGUGAAAAAAACCUUUUCUCUGCGAUCGCCGACCUUCCGAAAUCGAAGAAAGACGGACCGAUCAGUGACCAGAACCGCUAGUUUUGCAUUGAUUUCUACGCGUUCUCUAUCGAAGAAGUUCCGUUUGCUUUGCCCGAAAAUAAAGGCAUUUAGUGCAUUUUUGCAAAAGUUGCAGAAUUGCGCAAUUCUGUAAUAGCAGCGGCGAGGGGUGCUGAAAUUUGUACGAAAAAAAUCCUUUUCCGUGACUCGUGGGGCUGGCGCAUGUGAAAGGAAGGGCGGAAGGAAUCCGUUUAUAAAGCUUGCAUAUAACCUAGUGUUAGUGUGUAAAUUAACCUCGGCGAGCUUUCUAGACCAACUGAUUAGUGCCUUUUGAUCGCGGAAAAAGCAUUUUAAUCGAGAGCAAUCUGAAAGUCAUCGUAUUUGCAGUAAGAACGGAGAAUAACUACAUCAGCAACAGCAACAUGCAACAACCACGCUACAGUCCAGCACCCCCACCGCCGGCUGGAAUGCGGCCCCAGAUGCCGCCCAGACAUCAGGUUAUUUCAAACGGUAGCACGACAGCAGCGCCUCGGAGCGCCUACCCUGGAGCACCACCGCCUGCCCCGGCCACACUAAAAGGUGCCCAGCGACCCGCUAUGACUAGUCCAGCCGGCGGAAUUCCCGGUGGUCCAUACAGAGGCACAGGCUACGGCUACGCACCGACACAGCCGGCCUACCGGUACACGGCCCCGCUGACGGCGCAACCGGCGUAUGCUACCUACACACCACACACCACUACCACGGUAAGCUUACUGGCACCGUCGGAGACCACCCUCUAUAACACAAAACAUCAGUACGGCCAACGGGUACCGACAGCGGCAUCACCCAGCAACACCAACUCCAGCAGUUCAUCCAACACCGGCUCGCAGAGUGGCACACUGAGUACGAGUCUGAGUAAUAACAACACGAUGGGCCCCAGUAAUACGCCACAACAGACGGAGCAGCUGUCCAAGACGAACCUCUACAUUCGCGGACUGCAGCAGGGUACGACCGACAAGGAUCUGAUCAAUAUGUGUGCACAAUACGGUACUAUCAUCUCCACUAAGGCAAUACUAGAUAAAACAACAAACAAAUGUAAAGGUUACGGAUUUGUUGACUUCGAAUCACCGGCGUGUGCCGAGGGUGCAGUCAAAGGUCUCCAAGCGAAGGGCAUUCAAGCUCAGAUGGCCAAAGUGGGUAUCUGGGUGCUACAUAGGCCGGCCAUUCAGCAACAAGAACAGGAUCCUACCAAUCUGUACAUUGCAAAUCUACCACUUAACUAUAAGGAGACGGAUGUAGAGAACUUACUAUCCAAGUACGGCCAUGUGAUCUCAACCAGAAUCCUACGUGACCAGAAUGCACAGUCUAAGGGGGUCGGUUUCGCCAGGAUGGAAUCACGAGAGAAGUGCGAGCAAAUUAUUCAGAUCUUCAACGGAACCCAGCUGCAGGGCGCCAAAGAACCAUUGUUGGUUAAGUUUGCGGAUGGUGGUUCGAAGAAGAAGAACCCCUUCAAGAGCCCCGAUCCCAAUGCGAGAGCCUGGCGCGACAGUGCCGAAGGCAUCCCAGUGACGUACGAUCCAAACAUGCAGCAGAACGGAAUCGGAGUGAACGUAGGAGCCCAUAUUGGCAUGCCAUACGGCCGAUUUGGUACACCACAGAUGGGGGGCUAUCCCGUGCCCGGAUCCCAGUGGGUCCCGAGCUACAUGAUGACGCAGCCCAUUGCGCAGGUCGAAGACCAGCAGUACGUGCAAAUGCAGGCGCCUCAUCUAAGUGUGGGCACUCCUUACAAAACAGACUCGGUUGCCUCAGUGCAGCCUCGUGGCGUUUCGAUGAUAAUGUCAAGCGAAAAUCCAGCAGCUGGUGUCCCAUACGGUAUGAUGCCACAGCUUACUACACUUCAGAUUGGAUCAUCGUACAUCAGCCCAACGUAUCCGUACUACGCGCCCACACCGUCGAUCAUCCACACGAUGCAAAUGGGCGAUUCAGAGCAGGCCAGCACGGCGGCCUCUCCGGAUGAGGCGUACACCACACAGUAUCAGCAUGCUCCGAAGUAGAGAUCCAGAUCCGGGGCAUCCCGUCAGAUCUAGAUCAUCACAGCCGCCACCAGAUAAAAAAGUAGUCUUCAGUCAUCAUCAUUUGCCGUCGUCGCCAUCACCAACAACACAAGAUACAACCACGACCACCAAAGGAUGAAAAAUGUCGCCGGCGCAGCAACAACAACAACAACAUCCGCUUGGAUGUCAUCAUUAACGGAAAUGAUUUGCGUAAAACGAAAGAUGCACGACCAGCAGAAACGAUUCUAAGUCGAAGUAGGAUGUUCUAACAGGAAAAAAGAAACAUUAUUUUAUCAGAACAUGUCUGAUAAUAGCAAAAUGCCAAACACGGUUAAAAAUGAAAAUUAAAAGAUUUCGGAUGUUUCGGGACGUUAAGACCCCAAAAUACCGAACAGAGAAAAAAAAACAUAACCGUUACCUCAUUUGAGACGGGAGAACACUGAUUUUUACAUAAGACUUGAAAAAAAAACAAAUACCGUAAUUCAAAGAAUUCCACAAGGAUAAGCCAAUCAACCACAGCCGCGUGUAUCGAUGCAUAGUGAAGAACUUUAAAAAAAACAAGACGUGCACGUUAGUAGUAGUGAAGGGAUUUUCCGUUUCUCGUUAGCCACAAAGUGCAAGCAGAACAGUGCGCUUUCCAAGUUACACCAUCAUCACCAGAACGGAAGAUGAUUGGAUAUAGUGAUUGUUACUUUCGUUUUAGUAUUCUCUCCCCUAGAAACACUGAAAAGUGUUGCAGCGAACAAACCCAAACACUGUGUUCGAGGAGCGAACUAGUUUUCAGCAUCUGAUGCGUCGACUCCUGCCGGCUGGGAAACGAAUCCUUAUUCUGUUUGUUAAGUUUAUCUUUUUUCUUUUUGUUUAGUUUUGUUCUUUCCGAAAGAUGCUUUUUUGUUUUCCACACAUUAUUUAUUUCACCAUCUCUGCGGUAGCAGAGAGCAGUGUCUGUUGAGAGAAGAAAAAACUCGAAAUCGAACGAGAAAUAUUGAAUAUUAUGCAAAAAAAACGAAAGCUAGUUGAGAAGCAUAUCUUUACGCAAUAACGAGAAAACCAAAAACGUAAAAUAGUGGAGGAAAUAAAUAAAACGAAGGGAGACAUUCUCGUAGCUAUUCCCCCGCUAGAGAAGAGUAUUUAAAAAAAGCUGGAUAAAGAAACGAAAGCAACCUCCCAACGGUGAGCUGGUUCAUAUAAUUCGGUGACAUCAAACCUUAUCAGCCAAUGCACAGAGACCUUAUUUCUACGUUUCAAUGUGACGAUUUAGCGUUGUCUUCAAUCUGCCCCCGUUACACUACGCCAGAGACGACAUAAGAUUAAAGUAAUUUCCACUUUUCCCCUGAGUUGACACGAGAAAACUUGAAGUCGCGGUGCAGAGCGUGCAAAAGAUAUCGCAAAGAGAUGUAGAUGAGAGAGAAAGAGAGAUACAGAGUUAAGCAAGUCGCUAUUUAGGGUAAUUUUUUAAUUUAUUUUUGUCCUUUAAGAAAGCAAAGCAACUGGUUAGAUUUUUUGAAAAUUUUGACAUCAUGGCGUAUGUGAGCAGGAAGAGAGAUAGAAAGAUAGACAGAGAGAGAGAGACAGUGAGAGAAAGAGAAAAAAAGAGAGAAAGACAUCCAGAAAGUGGUGAAGGGGCUCUGAAUGUAUACAGGAAGUGCGAAGCUCUCGGAACAGAAAAGGAAUGCUAGUUCAUAAUUUUAGUUUCUAGUUCUUAGAUAGACCGAUUUAAAAAUUUACUAUUUAGGUGACCCUGCGCACAUUCGCGUAAUUUGCGCGAAGAGCAGAAAAUGUGAACGCAAGAAAAGAAAGUAAAAAUCAUUGCAAAAAGAGAGAUAGCGAAAAAAAUAUAAAUCGCUUGAUAGGAAGAAUGGAGAUAAAAAAUCGGAGGCCGUUUUAUGAAAGCUAAAUGUUUUUUUUUCUGAUGAUUUUUUGAAUUACGUAGUUCUAUUUUUGUAGUGUUUAAGCGAUUAAACUGAAAUGGCAGAUGACCCGGCUGAUUGAGAUCGAUAGAGCGUAAAGACAGACAUGAAGAACAAAUCCAAAAGAAAUGCGAGGAACGUGAAUUGAGAACGACUGUGUUAGUAGAAACGAAAUAGAAGAAAAGCUAGGAAAAGGAAGAAAAAAGAUUUUUUUUUCUUCACUUGUAGUGUGAAUAUUAAUCUGUAAGAUGGAAGACGAUAGAAUUUGAAUAAAUUACACCCGGUAACGUUGCAUGACGAGACUAAGUCUGCACUAGCCGCAGUGAAACAAAGCGAAAAUAAAUUCCAGUGCUCGCGAAUUUUUUUUUUAAUUAUUAAUCGAUAGAGCUCACAAUUGUGAAUGUUUGUUCUUUGCAUAAUUUCGCCUGCUGGUUUUCAUUACACCACAGGAGGUUUUUGCCUUUUCGAACAAUCUUCGUAAACCUAACGGAAAGAAAAUGUCCCCCAAAUAUGUUUGAAUUAGCAGUUGCUUUUCAAAUACUGAAUAUUUCUAAACCUGGGAAACUUCUAAGAAUCAUUGUUUUGCUCUAAUUCUCAAUUUAUCUUGAAUCACACUAACAUCAACCCGUUUUAGUGACGUUUCUCGGGUGCACAUAGUACCACGGGUGUCACAACUUCUUUUGCAAAUUUGCGUUCCGAUACCAGACUCUGCCAAACUUUCAAUACUCGAAGUCACCUUUUUUUCUUUUGAGCCUCUUAAUUUAAGAUAUAAAAAGCAAUCUUUGAACCAUGGAUUCAACCGGAAUCUAAAAAUAUAAUUUGUUAUAUUAGAGCAAUGAUAUUUGUAAAAUCUUCAGUUUAAAAUACUGUUUCAGUCUGUUGGUGUUUUAGAAAACCUGACAAUCACAAGUGCAAUACAAAGUACACAUUCAAUGAAAACUUUUCUAGAAGGUAAAUACCGUUUAUUUUGCUUUUCCUCGGUUGAUUCUCUAUGUUUUCACGACUUAUUUCAUUUUUAGUUUGUUUUUAGCCCAAGACAUAUCCCUUCUCAAGCUGCGAAAAUGUUGCUACGGACGUCUGUAACUCAGCAUAAAACCGGCAAACAAUCUCGAUGUGGCACGGCACAAUCAGAAAAACGCAAAUAAACAAUACUACCAGGACAGAAUCUGAAGAAUAACAAAAAAAUUGUGCCUUCUCACAAUUUUUCGUAACAUUUCACACAUAUUUCCCUAUGCAAGCGUGUUUGUGCAAUGCUAUAAGCAACACGGCACUUGUUAUCAUGAAGUUCGUCAGCGUACGCAAUCGUGAAGCUCAAAGCCCCACGUUUAUACAAAACAAAUAAAGUAAAAUUAACUGAAUAUUGUCGUUGUAAAGACCAGUAAACCGAAGAGCAAAAAAAGUGUUAAAUGAUGUAAAGCGCAAACACACUGAUCAACAAGUCGCAACAGAGAUUCAAGCGAAAUCAACCAACAAAGGAAGAAGAACGAUUCAAUUUUUCUACACAAAUAUUUUUGAAAAUCCCCUUUUGUCGAAUUGUUGAAAUGAUCAUCGCGAGCCAAUGAACUUCAUUCGCCUGAAGAAAAGGAAGCCGAAACGUAACAGGCAAAUAACUAAGACAAAUAUACAUGUGUGCGUGGAAACUGUUAUUCUCACCUCGUCGAAAACCUGUAUGUUAACGAAUAUUAAGAACAAAAAUGAGUCAACAGCAAAACAAGAACAGCAAAGCUAUAAACAAAUCAAGAUGAUAUAUUUUCGAAAUCAAAGUCAGUUUGGCGAAAUCCUGGCUCUCUGGUAUCCGAACUUUGAAUGUUCCCCAGAGGAGGCCCGAAAAGAUGAAAAGCUGAUACAUUCAGAAAAAUUUAUAAGUAAGCUCGUUGCACGGGUGAACAAAUAAAGUUAGAAAACCACACUACAACCAACAAAUGACAUUACCCCAACUUCAACCCAUUUUCGCGUAAAACUUACAGUAGUCGAAAACGAAACAAACAAAAAACCAUUGGUUUACGUCCCACCCAAUUGCCAUCUUUGUUGGCUCCAAAAAAUGCUGCAUAGUGGAUUAACCUUUUUGUGCACAAAAAUAGAUAGUGCAAUCUAGAAGCGCAAAACCUCUAAAUUUUAGGAAUAUUAUCCAAAAUCUGUCUGCUCUGGGUGACCUGCAGUGCGUACUACUAGUAAUAAUCAAGCGAUUCACCGAUUAUUUAUUGCAUAUAUACACAAUAUAGGACGAUUAUUGUUUUAGAACAUAAAAGAUUUAAAACGGCAAAGAAAGAAAACCGCUAUGUGAUAGUAUUUUCAAACUGUGAUACGAAUAUUAUUUUUUGUUUGUUUAUUCAAAGAAAAGAGAAAGUCAUCAAUAUUGUAUAGCUUAUUUAUCGACAAACUAAAACAAAAUGAGAAUUCAUAAGGUGUACUAACCCACUUAUACGCUCUAGUCCACGAACCACACUCACACUCGUUUUUUUUUUUUUUUUUUGUUAGCCUCUCUUGGAGACUUUGUUUGAUACAAUGUAAUAUAAACUACUUAUUGGACGCAAAACGAAACCAUUUUUUCCAUAUGAGUGUGUCGUAUCACUCACUGUUCUCUUGUUUUAGGGAUGAUUCUUAAACGUAAGUAACGUAAUAUUCAAAUUAUAUAACAAACUAAAGGGUUUUAGCACGCACUGUUUGCUCAGUAAUUAGAGGAAAAUUGCUAUUCCAGUUGCACUGUCCAUUGCCUGUACUAAAAUUGUGAUCUCUAUCCGGCACCCGGGAGAUUCCAUCUUUGCCCAGGACAUCUCUUUUAUAGUGUAAAAAGAUUAAAUCGCCAAACUAUACCGACAAACUUAUUAGUACUUUUGUCUAUAUGUCAUUGAUUUACAAACUGUAAUAAAACACUGCUGAAUCUUUAGAGAACACUCAACACACAAACUAUUAACUAAAGUAAAACAAAAAAAAAACAAGACAACAUGAGAAUCUUCCAUCUUCGAAAACACUUAACAAGAACACUAUUAAGGAAAGUAUACAAUAAAUACCUUUAUGGGAAAUAAAUAUAAAAAUGAAAAGUUAUAAGAAAUGAUUACCAAAUGACUGAAAAUAUAUAAAAAAAAAAAAACAAAAACACAAAGGCGCAAAUAUAAGCAAACCGAACACUAAUUGUUGAAAUUGUAUGAAAAAGUAAUGUCUGACGGUACGACACCACUCCGUUCAUCACUAAAGUUUUAAGCUAUAUUUUCUUAUUUAUCAGAAAGAGGAAAUCAAGAACCCAAUCAAAUUAGUGAUGAACUUCAGAGACAGAGACAGCAAAGCAGACUAUUUUUACGUAUACAUUUAGUACAGAAUGAAUGAACUCGCAGAGAACAAAAAAAAAUCAGAUGAAAUAAAAUCCAUUGACUGUACCCUUAUACAUACACACGCAACAUACAUUCAAAUCACUGAGAAAAAGAAGAUGCCGAAGAAAGAGAAAAAGCAGGAGAGGUAGCACUUUACACAUUGCGAAGAAGUUUUAUUUUAUUUAUUACAUGAGAAAAAAAAAUCCCACAUGAAUGUCUUGUUUGCGCGAGUACUUAUAGAAAUCAAAGACAAACAAAACCCGUAGUAAAAAACAGCAGCAGCAGCAGCACUGCAGGUAAACUAAUAUUAAACAACUGAUGCAGCGAGAUGAAAAAAAAAACAGAACAAAUUCCACAAAUUGAAUCAAAAAACCAUCGUAGAGAGUGGCACGGUUUCGCACGUGACUUUUUUGGAACCAUUUACCUUUUAACCCAGCAGAACGUUACGAUUGUAGAAAAGUAAAAAAAAAACAAGCAAGAAUACUUGCGAAUUCCUUAUAGACACUAUUGAUUUUUUCGGUGAGAAAAGGAUAAAAAUCAACAAUGCAAAACCGUUUAGAGCAACUAUUUAAAAUUAAUUGCUGUUAAUCUUGUUUGUUCAAUGCCGUCGCGGGUCACCUGCACUAACAUCACAGCCCAAACGUGAGAUUGCUCGAGCAAUCGAACGCGGACAGGACAGCAUUAACUGCGUUUGAAUUCAUGUAUGGGAAGUAUCCUAAAAGUGUUGUUCGGAAACCACAAUGGGUUUAUUUUUUCGCCUAUUGAAAUACAGGAAAAUCGUCACGGAAGAUUCGAUUUCGUUCGCAUACGAACUGUAUAGCUUCUCGGUAGUAAUUGAAGUAUUGGUUUUGCAAGUUGAAAAACAAAAAUAAAAAAGUAGGUGAAAUAAAACCCUUAGAGAAAAACAGUAGCAGUAGAAUAGGAUGAUGCGGUAAGAAAAACAGAGGAUUAAGUAGCUGAAAUGAAAAGUAGCUUUAGGCUUAAGAAACAAUUAGCUUUUAAGAAACAAACCACACACACACUAAACGUAAGUGCAGCGCAGUGCAAGAAGAGAAAGUAGGAAUAAAACAAAUGAAAUGAUUUUUUAUAGUUUGUAAGAAAAUAUUUAGGAUAAAAAAUUGUUUAGAUUAGAAAAGCUGAAUACAACCGGGGAAAUUUUGACAAAAAACUAUGUUCCAUCUUUUGAAGAUUUUGGUUUCCUAAAUUAAAACCUAAAUAAAAAGAAAUAUUGAAAGAGCGACAUAAAUAAACACACUCUGAUUCCUAAACUAGACGGAAAACAACAUAUGCAAACAUCUUCCAUUAUUUUCCCGUUACGUAUUUGUAUAAUGUUCAUAAAAACACACUCGUUUUUCGCAUAAAAUUUCAAUUUACAGUUACAAAAAUCGCGAGCGGGGCUUCCACCUUCGUUUAAAUCCUUAGUUUUUUUAUUACAAUUACCUCAUUUUGCACCGUGAUUGUGAUUGAACGAUGAAAAAACUCCACUUUAGGGCUGAAAAUUUGUUUGA